UCUCAGACAGAGGGUGGGACUCUGAGACCAUGGAGCUUCAUUCACUCUGCUGAACACACAUACGCACACACAUGCUCUGCAAAGCUGUUCUCAGGCUGAGAGAAAAAAGGGGAGCAGACGAGAGGACAGCACGCUCGCUGAGUGGUGACAGACAGGAAAAACAGAGACACUGAACGAGGCGAAAGAGGAACAAAGGGAUACAUCAAACCCAGGAGGGCAGGGAGGUUUCAAAUCCUGUGUCCCUGAAAGAAGCCACGCUGAUCCAGGUGCAGGUACCAGGCCUUAGCUCCCAGGACCAACCUCCAGGAUGUCCCGGAGGAGGUCUACAGGGGACCUGGUGCCUAAGGAGAUCACUGAGAUCUUAGCCCGGGAGGCGAGGGUUCAGCGUGGGCAGAAGAAGUCGGGAAGCUCCUUGGGACACGCCUUCAGCUGGUUUAGAGGGAGCAAGAAGAAGAAGAGUGUUGGGAACGGAAUAAACCGUGCUGUCAUUGGGUCGACGGACGCCAAACUGGGGCUACAGAACCAUGAACCUGCAAAAGCUGGCCUGAAAGGUAACGAGGACCAGAAGAGGUUGACCGUCCACUACACAACCUCUCAGCACUACCAGGAGAAUGUUUUCAUUGAGGGCAGCAGGCCACAGUACCUGGAGGACCUGCACACAGAGGCCCAGGAAGGCCUCAAGAUACUACAGCAGGAAGAACACAGAAAUGGAGUUAACUUCCCUGACAAUGAGAGCAUUGCUUCUACAGAUACUCUGCGUCUGGAGCAUGAUAUCAGCUCCAAGGACGGAGGUUUCUCUCUGGAGUCAAGAUCCACCGCAGGGAGCACUGAUACCACAGUAACCUCCGCUGUGUCGACAAGGCCUGUGCUCACACGCCAAGGCUCUACAUUCAAGCCUCUGAACCCAGUAAAACGAUUAGAUAGGAGCCGGAAAAGAAGCAGGAGGACCACCAUCAUGGGUAUUCCAAACCAGGUCCAGAAAGAACUUGCAUUGCACAGAACCUCAACCUUCCAGCAGCUUGUUUCCACCCAAACCCUUGAUCAGGAUGGAGAGGACAGAAACAGCCAAUCAGGUGUGGUCAUUAUUCCUACGGUUGAUGGAGGGACCCCACUCACAAAUAAAGAGGGAGCAAGGGUGCAUCUUUCAGAUGUGUUUGAGCAGGAUGCAUCCAGAGAUGAACAGCUGCUGAGGAAGCACCUACGGGCAAUGAAUCAAGACGAGCAGCCCUUCAACCACCAGGGCUUUGGCUCUUAUCACGGUCCCACCUCAAAUGUGAGACCCAAGUCCCUUGCAGUACCUGGCAUGACCACUUCUUUCACCUUCUCUUCUUCAACAAUGCUAAGCUUCCUCCAGGAACCCCAGGGCCCAGUGAUGUCAAUUUCUCCUCAGGCCACCUACUUGUCUACAAUCAUACCUAAUGCGGUCUUGCCAGCCUCGUUUGACGUCAUAGAGAUUGACCGCAGCAGCAGCAGCCGGACACGUGGCAGCGGUGUUAACCACAGCGGUAGCGUCCGCACUGUAAGCAAGAGCAGCCUGGCAUCCGGGGACUCAUCGGUCAGCCCUUUGCUGUCCAGAAGAUCAGAUGGUGAUGGUUCCCAAGCUGACGAUUUUCACAACAACUCCACACGAACGCCCAUAUCAGAUUCAGGGUCAAACUGGAGCAAGUCCCAAUCUUCAAAGACCAUUAUUUCACACUCCUCUCCUGUAUCCUCUAAGGGCAGCACACGGAGCGCUAAGUCACAGAGAGUGGGCCUGAAUGGGCAGGACAGCCAGGGAGAGCACUCUGGUGGGGAGAAUGACCUUGUCAGCCUCCGUAGCUCAGUGAGCAUGAGUAGCAGUAAAAGUGAAAACGUUUUUGCAGGUCAAGGAUGUGAGUCUGGUAUUUCAGAGUCAGUGGCAACUGGGGAGGAUGGGAAAACCAACCAAAAUGUCACUCGUAGUCUGUCUGUUAUGAAGACCAAGCAACCCCCAGCACCUCCAAGGAGAACAAACUCUCUGCAUAGUAAUAGGAUCAGGAGCAACUCCAGGGUUCUGGUAGAUUGCAAAGAUCUCAAUGAAUCGUUGUCUGGAAAGAUGGCAGAAAAUACUGUAGCAAAGGAUACAAUAACUUCAAUGGAUACCACUAAGAUCCCCAUUCCUAUAUCAAACUCUACUGGGUCCAUUUCCCUAAAUGCUUCCAACAGUCCCUUGAGCCCCACACAGGCCUCUUCCAAUGUAGCAGAAAAAGCACCAGAGCCCAAAUCAGAAUGCACUAACUCAUCCCCACAGAAAACUCCCUCUGAAGGAGGGAAAUUCGACCGUACUAUGUCCCCUUCCAGUGGUUACUCAAGUCAGAGCGGCACACCAACACUUUCCCCAAAAGGGAUCUCUCCAACCUCCCCUGAAAAGCCGAAAAAGACACCAGUCAAACCAGACAGAUCAGUGUCUCGGGCCUCAUCUUCAGCAGCUUCUCCUUCCUCCUCUCUUACCUCUCUUUCAUCUGGUGCAUCUGAGUCUGUCAAUCUACAUACUUCCACAUGUAGCCCCAGUCCACCUCCACAGGGAUCUUCCCCUGAUGUUGCUGCUAAAGAGCUCACUCCAAAUAACAGUUCUUCAACUUUAGGGGUUGAAGUCAGAGAGCUGUUAAAUAUCCCACAACCUCCCAAAGUCAAAGCACCGUGUCCUCCCCCUCCAGAGACAUGGGUCCACAACAGACGCUCCUUUGAGCUGCUGUGUGGUCCUUCUCCUACUAUCAGCAAAGGAACCCAGAUACCAGCAGAGACACAGGUGAGCUCAGUGAAGCAAGCAGGCACUCAGACUGAAGCCAGCAAUGAGAUGCAAGAAUUAGUUAAAAAACAAUCAACUGUAGACAUAGCUGUCUUAGAAGCAUCAGAGAGCACUGCCAAGCCGGAGACAUUGUUAGAAACAGCGCCUGACAUUGUUCACAAGGAGCUGGAGAAUCGGGACUGUCCAGACGUCCGGCAAGAUACAACAGAUGCAUGUGUUGACACUCAGGCACAAGAACAGAGUAGUAGCCCUGUCGUCAAGCUUCCUGAGAGUCAGGAGACAACUCCAAAGAAAGAACCCCCUCCUGUCAUGACCAAACCCAUGACGGUACUGCACAGAGAAGUAUUAGUGUCAAAAGAGCCCUUGAUGAAUGGAGAACAGAGCCAAAUGAGUAGCAGUGCAAAAUCAGAAGUUGAUGAACCUGUUAAGAACACUACUAUCCAGUCACUGGAUGGGGUUCCAGCUUUAGUUGACAAGCGUGAGAAUGAGACAGACGACAAAGAGGUCAAACCCAUGCAGACACUUACUGUAGAUGUCCCCAAAAUUAGUAAGAUCUCACCGCCACCUUCGCCUCCACCAGCAUACCACCCGACACCUCCUCUGUCAAGAAAAACUCCGACUUCAUCAGUAUCCAUGGCACCAGAUGAUUUGGAGAAGGUAGAGGAAGAGGGCCAUGUCAUAGAGUCUUGCUGGCCACCCCCUCCUCCUCCUAUGGAAGGGGACUCUGUUUUCGAUGGAGGAGAGGAGGUUGAAUUUCCUCCACCUCCUCCGCCCUUUGUGGCAGAGACAGUGCCAAAAGUGAUGGCAAAGCUGGAUCUCUCAAAGAGACACACAGAGGAGAUGGUAGAGACAAUUGAAGAGCCGAGUGAAGCCGGGGCCUCUGUACAUGAACAAACUCCAGAUGUGCUUCCUUCUGUUCCACAAACAUUCGCUGACAUCAAACCGGAGGUUGGCGUACAGGUUUCAAAAGACAACACCUGUGAUGAGAUUUCUUGCAGACAAGAGCAGAAUAUUUUGCCUGUUUCAGACAAAGCCCAACCAGUUCCACCAGUGGAUGUACCUAUUUUGGAGCCUAUCACAACAGUAGAGAACACAGCACCGGUCUCUGCUUUGAUUUCUUCAAGCAGUUCUCAGAAUCGACUCUGUCUGAAAAUUGAAAAUCAGUCUCCCGCCGAGCCUCCAGUCAGUACCCAACCUCCAGUUACUAUCCCAGUAGCACCUCCUUUACCAGCAGAGAAUUUAACUCACGGUGUUAGUUUCAGGAGGCAGCCCAGCGUGGCAAAUCGAGACGCCAGGAGCAAAGAGCUUCUUUCUCGCCACAAAAGUGCACCCAUUCCCAAAGAGGAUGCUAACAUACCUCUGGUCACUCCCUCCCUGCUUCAGAUGGUUCGUCUCAGAUCAGUCAACAUGACUGAUGAUCUGGUGAAAGCUCCAUCAGAGGACAAGUCAACAAACCAGGGAGUCCCAGCUCUUGAAAAUAGCACCAGCACCCCAGGACCUCAAAACAUUCCACAAAAGCCAAUCCGCAAGUCUCUGUCACUGAAAUCUCCCCCUAAGACGGCUCAGACGUCUCCUGUGGCACUUAACACCCCUUCCAUGCGCUUACAGGAAGCCAUACGUAUGAAAACCGCUGCUAUGUCUUCAAGAGAUGGUCUUCCAUCCCGACUGGGAGUGAGGUCGUCCACCUACAGCUACGUCAGUGAGCAAAGCGCUCUGUCUCAGAGGUCACCUGAUGUAAAUGACAUGCUCAAGUCGCCAGCCACUACAGCCAGCUUUAUCUUCUCCAGGAGCACAAAAAAGGUUGUCAUAGAGACUGCUGCUGCCUCCUGCCCUGAAGCUCAGGCAAGUCUAAAAGAAAGCUUGGCCGCUGAGCUUAUGCAGAUGUCUGACCAAUCAAAGGCCGUCGCCCUCUCCAACGGCGGGGUGAAAUCUGACAAAGUACCUCCACCUGUAGCAAAGAAACCAGCACAUGGCAGCCUCAGUCCUUCGCGGAAUGAUCCUGCUUGUUCAGCAACGACGGACGUCAGCGUCGGAGGAAAUGGAGCCAUUGGAGUACGGAAUGCGAGUGGGGUAGCAUACGCCGAGACAACAACUACAAGAGUGACAGCAGACACAAUUGAAACACUGUUUUGAGAGCACAUUGUGAAGAAGUGAAGACGCCAGAGGAACAAGGACAUAGGACAACCCCCCCCCCCCCCCCCCAGCAGAAGCGGACAUAACUGAGACAUAUAAUUCAACAAUCACGAGUGUUGCAUCUUCUCUAAAAGCCUUAGCCUGAAAUGGCCUUCCUACGUAUUUAUGCAAAAAAAAAAAGAAGAAAAAACCUGUUGCGUUGAGUUUCUUAUGAAAGCUUUAUUCUGGAGUAUUUUUCUAAGCUAUAGUUCUCUUAUCAAGGCCCCUCAGGAUGAAAAGGGUGUACAAUGGCUGAACUGUAAAUAUUUGUCUAGUGUGAUAUUGCCUCCCAGAGGAAGAAAUGGGUAAUGCUCACUGCAGCUCAGCAGAAAAGAUUAGUCUCACAAUGCAUUUCUGUACAAAGGUUCACUGUCUGUUCAGUUCCCCCUGUUGUAAUAUAAAGAAUCAUUUUAUUGGGGAUCAAGAUCAAAAUUUCCUUGCUUUCUGUAAUAUCCAGAUCUGAUUGGCACACGCAAUUUAAGUCCUGCUUUCCACUGUGUGCAUAAAAAAGAUAGCUCUGGUAUAGUAUUUAAGAAAAAGGGAUGCUGCAUAUUCACAAGAACGAGAGGAUGAGAUUUUGUCUAAUCAGACAGAGGCACUUUUUAUAACGCUUAAGUUGAUACACAUUAAUACUUGCAGAAGCAUUGAAUUACAGAUGUUGCUUAGAUGCUUUUACAGUCUUCUUCUGUGGUUUCAUAAAGGUCAGCCAAACAGAAUCCGAGUCCUUUUAGGAUGCAGGUAUAAUUUUGGUUUGUGCCUGGUUUCACUUGGAGCUCUGUCAGUCACUUUCUCCGACCACAUCGGUGAUCUAUCACAUCUGAAAACACGUUUAGGGCUACGGGUGUGAAAUGCGGCCCUGAGUGAUUUGAUACACUGGAGAAGAUUUAGUGUGAGAUCAGUGCUUUUUUUAAAAUGCUCUGUGGCUAAAACUUUGAAACAAGACUUUUUUUUUUUUUUUUUUUAAUAUAUCAAGCUAAUGACUUGUUGCACAAUAUGCUUUCCCCUAACAAAAUCAUUGGUGAGUGAAUUUGACUGACUCUUCAUAAUAGGUCAAAAAUCUUCAUCGUAAUGAUUAUAAAGAAUUCUGUACAGUUAUUACUUCUAUAAAUAAAAUUUAAGUGUAUUAAAAAUAAA